CAGACGGACGGACGGACGGACGGGCGUCGUUGAGCGGAGGUGCAGUUUGGGGAGUUCGCGGUGUGUUUUCAGGGCUCCCGCGACUCGCUCUUUUCUUUUUCGGGGUUGUAACGCUGCACUACUCGCUGGGAAUUCAUGUCUGGUCUCUUCUGGCCGCUGCACUGCUCUGUGUUCCUGCCGACUUCCAGAAUGACUGAGCUGAUGAUGAGCAGCACAUCGAUGGACGACAUGGCACUGAGCCCCAGCAAAGACCGCCACUCCUUUCAGAUCUUUCCUGACCCCUCGGACUUUGAGCGAUGCUGCAAACUGAAGGACCGCCUGCCCUCCAUUGUGGUGGAGCCCACCGAUGGCGACGUGGAGAGUGGCGAACUUCGCUGGCCCCCGGAGGAGUUUCUGAUCAGCGAAGAGGAGGAUGAGCCCGAGGAUGAGAAGAUGUGUGAAGAGGUGCCUAGCAAGGAGGAGGCCGAGGGCCAGUCGUAGAGCUGGCAGAGAACCCGCCGAGGCCUCGGCCCUUUCUUUUUGGACUACCGGACUGGGCUGUCCUUGUGCCCCCGGGUUAGCGAUGGCAGGGUGGGGCAGAGUCCUUGGCACUUUAAGUAGUUUGGGGCCCCGUACCCCCCUGUAGCAGCCCCCUUUGCUUUCUGCUCCACCUUUGGCCCGGCGGUGGCCACCUCUGUGGGCUCAGCGUGGCGCAGGUGAGCUUGCUUGGACUUGGCACGGUCACGGGAGGCCUUAUUAUGGGAUGGCACGCACGGCCACCUGUCUGUCUUUCUGUCUGUCUGUCAUCUUGUUCCCGUUUGUGACAUCUGGACUCGAUUUUGGCUCAGGGAGGUCCGCUUGCUGCCACUUAACCCCUCAGACCACUUGUGUUCAGUUCAAAGCUUUGUAAAUAAACGACUGAAAGCA